CUUAAUCAAGCCUUGAGCAUCUGUUUUACCUUAAUGGGAGACUCCAUCUUAUUUCUCCUUUUUCUUUCUAUUCUCUCUUUCUCUUCCCACACCCAUGCAGCUACUUUCCAAGUCCGCAACAACUGUCCCUUCACUGUUUGGGCCGCCGCUGUACCGGGCGGCGGACGGCAGCUUAACCGAAACGACGUUUGGACAUUCAACGUGAACCCGGGCACAGCCGCUGCCCGCAUUUGGGCUCGAACUAACUGCAACUUCGACGGGUCCGGCCGCGGCAGAUGCCAAACCGGCGACUGCGGUGGCCUCCUCCAGUGUCAAGCCUACGGCACUCCGCCAAACACCCUGGCCGAAUACGCCUUGAACCAAUUCAACAACUUGGACUUCUUCGACAUCUCUCUCGUCGACGGGUUCAAUGUUCCGAUUGAUUUCAGUCCGACUUCUAACGGGUGCAGCCGGGGCAUCCGGUGCACGGCUGACAUCAACGGGCAGUGCCCGAACGAGCUGAGGGCUCCGGGAAGCUGCAACAACCCGUGCCCCGUGUUCGGGGGCGACCGCUACUGCUGCACCGCCCCGAAUAGCAGCUGCGGGCCAACGGAUUACUCGAGGUUCUUCAAGGAGCGGUGCCCUGAUGCAUACAGUUACCCUAAAGAUGAUGCAACCAGCACAUUUACUUGCCCUGGGGGAACCAACUAUAGGGUUGUGUUCUGCCCUUAGAACCAUAUUUAUUAUAUAUGAAAAGUAAAAACC